AUGGGUGGAGUUGAUAAAGAUGAUGAACAGCUCUUUGAUUCUGACUCUUUCUUAUGCAACUCUGACGAUGAUGAUAAUUCUGAAGAGGAUUCAACUUCAUCAUCUCCAGAUGCUACCUCUCCCACUUCCCUGACAGCAAACAUGAAUCCAAAUGGAGCCCUGUUUGAGUUAUCUGCACUCAUGGAGCAUUUGCCUGUCAAGAGAGGAUUGUCCAAACACUACCAAGGGAAAUCACAAUCCCACACAUCACUCUCUGCUGUUAGCAGCAUAGAGGACCUGCCCAAGAAAGAGAAUCCUUAUAAGCGAAAGAUGAUAAAGGCAAGCAAGAGCCAUGCCGGCGGACUGGAUGGGAGCAAGAGGUCUGCUAAUACACCAAGAUCUUGA